CACCACCGCUCGCCGCCACCCACGACGAAUCAAUCACUCUCCCAUCCCAGUUCAUCGAUCCUCCCCGUCGUAGCAUCAUCAAACCAGCUAGCCAGAUCGAUCCAUCGCGAUGGAGGGGUGCGACCGGAUCAGAGGCCCGUGGAGCCCGGAGGAGGACGGCGCGCUGCGGCUGCUGGUGGAGCGCCACGGCGCGCGCAACUGGACGGCCAUCGGCCGCGGGGUGCCCGGCAGGUCCGGCAAGUCGUGCCGCCUGCGCUGGUGCAACCAGCUGUCCCCAGGCGUGGAGCGCAGGCCGUUCACGGCCGAGGAGGACGCCGCCAUCGCGCGUGCCCACGCUAGGCUCGGCAACCGCUGGGCCGCCAUCGCGCGCUUGCUCCGCGGCCGCACCGACAACGCCGUCAAGAACCACUGGAACUGCUCCCUCAAGCGCAGGCUCGCCGAUGUCGGCGUUGCAGAGGAGGAGCGGCCGUGCAAGCGCGCCAGCGUCACGCCGGAGAGCACGUCUGGAUCUGGGUCGGGGUCCGGCUCCGGUUCGGACCGCAGCGACGUCAGCCAUGGAAGUGUGUUCGGGCUCGGCCAGGUUUACCGCCCGAUGGCGCGGGCCGGAGGGUUCGAGCCCGCGGACUGCGCCAUGAGCCGGCGGCAUGAGGUGGAGCGGGAGGAGGCGGAGGACCCGCUCACCUCGCUCUCCCUCUCCCUCCCCGGCACGGCCACAGAGGUCCAGGGGUUCCACCACGACAGCUCCCACAGCCACUUCCACCAGCCGUCUCCAUCCCCGCCGUCGCCGCCGCCCCCUCCGGCGCCGACGUCGUAUCCGUUCAGCCCCGAGUUCGCGGCGGUGAUGCAGGAGAUGAUCCGGGACGAGGUGCGGAGGUACAUCUCCGGCGUCGGCUGCGGUGCCAACCUGCCGUCCAUGCCGCAGGUGGUAGACGGCGUCAUGCGUGCUGCGGCGGAGCGGGCCGGUGGGGUCGCGAGGACGCAGUGACCAAGAUCAAUCCAUCCAUCCGGUCGAUCAAUCAGCUAGGACAAGCCGCCAUUUUCUCAGUGGUCAUGCUUCAUUUCGUUAGGAUCUGUAGUCUGAAGUCUGAACUGAAUUAGCAAUGGGAGAAAGAAGACUAGGCAGAGCCAAGCUAAGCUUAAGCUAUCGCUUUGCUUCUUUCUUUCUGUAUAUACAAAUGAAAUGGAAAGAAACA